GCGCCAGUCUCACACUUCAGUUCAAGCGAUGCUGAGUGUCCACGGCAGCACUCCAGCGCGCUCAUACUGAGCGACAGAGAGGAAAACGAGCUCUCCAUGCAGGCAGCACCGCCGGUCACAUCUGAAACUUGUGCCACUGUGCAUGACAGCUGAUUUCAAAGCAUGGAUUUAGACGCGGAUUGUUGUCAUUUUGGAUGACGCUCGUGCAACUUUACAUUAAAUCUCGGUUUUGCUGCAGACAGGCCCGCCUUGUGACACCUUGCGAACCGACACUCAUCCCACUUUUGUUCAUUUAUUGACGGAGAAUAUGAUGGUGCGUCCGUGUCCUGCGCGCCGGGCUCUGGGCUGAGCGCGGAGCAUGGAUAGAUAGCGCGUUUCUCUCUCUGCGUUUCUCAGUGUAAUCAGCGCCUUUCUCAAUGGAUGAGGAAGUAGACACCCGCAAGAUCAACAACAGCUUCCUCCGAGACCACAACUAUGCAACUGAAGCUGACAUCAUAUCCACUGUUGAGUUCAACUCAACAGGAGAACUCCUGGCCACUGGGGACCAAGGUGGACGAGUGGUGGUCUUCCAGAGGGAACAGGAGAGUAAGAACCAGCCUCACCGUCGGGGGGAGUACAAUGUUUACAGCACCUUUCAGAGCCACGAGCCCGAGUUUGACUACUUGAAAAGCCUGGAGAUUGAGGAGAAGAUCAACAAAAUCCGCUGGCUGCCGCAACAGAAUGCCGCCUAUUUCCUCCUGUCCACCAAUGAUAAAACUGUGAAGCUAUGGAAAAUCAGCGAGCGAGACAAACGACCAGAGGGCUACAAUCUGAAGGAUGAAGAAGGCAGGAUACGGGACCCAACCACCAUCACAACUCUGAGGGUGCCCGUGUUGAGGCCCAUGGACUUGAUGGUGGAGGCAACACCACGUCGCAUUUUCUCUAAUGCUCACACCUAUCACAUUAACUCCAUCUCGGUCAACAGUGACAAUGAGACAUACAUGUCCACGGAUGACCUGAGGAUCAACCUAUGGAACUUGGAGAUCACAAACCGAAGCUUUAAUAUUGUGGACAUAAAGCCAGCCAACAUGGAAGAAUUGACCGAGGUGAUCACAGCGGCUGAGUUUCACCCUAACCAGUGCAACACGUUUGUCUACAGUAGCAGCAAGGGCUCCAUAAGAUUGUGUGACAUGAGAACAUCCGCACUUUGUGACAACCACUCUAAAUUAUUUGAGGAACCAGAAGACCCCAGUAAUCGCUCCUUCUUCUCAGAGAUCAUCUCUUCCAUCUCAGAUGUGAAAUUCAGCCACAGUGGACGCUACUUGAUGACCCGUGACUACCUCACAGUGAAGGUGUGGGACAUCAACAUGGAGAGCAAGCCUUUGGAAACUUACCAGGUCCAUGACUACCUUAGGAGUAAGCUAUGCUCACUGUACGAGAAUGACUGCAUCUUUGACAAGUUUGAAUGUGUCUGGAAUGGAACUGACAGUGUCCUAAUGACAGGCUCCUACAACAAUUUCUUCCGUAUGUUCGAUCGGAACACUAAGCGCGACGUGACUCUGGAGGCCUCGCGGGAAAACAGCAAACCUAGAGCCAUUCUCAAGCCACGCAAAGUUUGUGUUGGUGGCAAGCGUCGGAAAGAUGAAAUCAGUGUGGACAGUCUGGACUUCAGUAAGAAGAUCCUACACACUGCAUGGCACCCCAACGAGAACAUCAUCGCUGUGGCCGCCACCAACAACCUCUAUAUAUUUCAGGACAAGGUCAACUAGCAAGUAGCUCGAAUGUCUCCAGUUAUCACAACGACAAGAGGCAUUAUUUCUCUAGAUGAACUGGGGGUGGAAAGGUUGGACUCACUAGCAGUGAACUUGUGAGGAACAUCUAGAUGAGCUUUGCCUUCUACAGCAGAUUUGAUACUGCACUGAAUCUAACAAAACUUGAAGGUGCACUGCAAACUACGGACAAUGACACUGGCUGUUGGACUGCUUUUGUUUUUAAUUACUUCAAAUCUCCCUAGCUAUAGGUUGGUUGGUAAUACACAGCAAUACAGAGUGGAUCCUUUUACCUUUAGGGUGCUUUCACACCUGGCCCGUUGUUUCGGAACCUGGCGCGUUU